GAAGUAUCUAGAUUUUCUCCCCCGCGAACCUAUUUAACCGCCAAAGCUUCUUAAUCGUCCGUCAUCAUCACCGUUAAUCGCCAUUAUUUUCAUCCGAAAUUAAAAGAAAAAGACAAAGGAAACAAAGAAAACGCAGACACUCACCGAUUCUGAAUCAUUGCCACACACAAGAAUAGAGAGUCUCCGUCGAAUAUACCGAUCCGGGUAUGAAGACCCGUUCAUCCAAAUGGGUUAUUUGCGUCUUGGUCACUCUCUUCUGCUUCCUCGCGUGCUUCAAAAUCGAAGCCAAAACUAUCGACCCUUACAAGGUUCUUGGGGUUGAUAAGAAUGCAAGUCAGAGGGAAAUUCAGAAGGCUUUCCACAAGCUCUCUCUUCAGUAUCACCCUGACAAGAACAAGGCCAAGGGUGCACAAGAGAAGUUUGCUCAGAUUAACAACGCGUAUGAGAUUUUAUCUGAUGAGGAGAAAAGGAAGAAUUAUGACAUGUAUGGUGAUGAGAAAGGACAUCCCGGAUUUGAAGCUGGCCAAGCUGGAGGUCAGGGUGGAUAUUCUUAUUUCACAGGUGGUGGACCGGGACAAAGCCAGUUCAACUUCAGACCAGGGGACUGGCAGGGUAUGGGUGGGCAAGGAGGAGGAUCGAAGUCAUUCUCCUUUUCCUUUGGUGGGCCUGGUGGUGGUGGGUCCGGUGGAUCUGGCGGAUCUUUUGGAUUCGAUUUGAAUGAUAUUUUUGGUAGUUUUUUUGGCCGUGGCGGAGGAGGAGGUGGUGGGAGUCAGUUUGGGGGUUUUGGCAGCGGUUCAACUGGUUCUCAUUUUGGAGGUUUUGGUAGUUCAACUGGUUCUCAAUCUGCGUCCAAGAAAUCCUCUAAAAGCUUUAAAGCCAUAAAUUCACGAGUAUAUGAGAAAGAAAUAUUUGAUCAGGGGAUGACGUGGAUUUUGUUAGCUUAUACACCAUCAUUGAAGGGGAUCCAGCACUUCGAAUCUGUCUCUGAGGAGACUUCCAGUUCAUUGCAAGGGGCAUUGAAGGUUGGAAGUAUUAAUUGUGAAAAGGAAAUAUCAUUCUGUAAGGAGAUUGGUGUGAAUCUGCGCAAAGCUCCACGGCUUUUUGUUUAUUCUUACAAGGAGAAUGAAAAGGGUUCUCUGGUUGAGUAUACUGGUGACUUGUCUGUUAAGGAUUUGAAGGCUUUUUGUCAAGAACACUUGCCUAGGUUUUCCAAACGGACUGACGUGAAAUCUCUUGAUCAAUUAAGCACUACUGGAAAGUUGCCUAGGGUGAUGCUUCUCUCAACCAAAAAAGACACUCCUGUAAUCUGGCGUGUGCUUAGUGGCUUGUAUCACAAGCGCUUGGCAUUCAAUGAUGCACAGGUUCAAGAUGUUUCUGAUCCAAGAGUGAAAAAGUUAGGAGUUGAUGGACUUCCAGCUAUUGUGGGUUGGCUACCUAAUGGAGAGAAGCGCAUUUUGAAAUCAGGGAUUUCUGUAAAAGAUUUGAAAUCUGCAGUUCUUGAUCUUAGUAGCCUACUUGAUAGUUUUGAAAAAUUAUGUAAAAAGGAAGCAUCUGGGCAUGCUACGAAGACACAAACUGAUUCUGAAGAGGGACACAUACAGUUGCUUUCUAAGUCUAACUUUGAGGAGCUAUGUGGUGAUAAAGCUCCGGUAUGCAUCAUUGGUGCCUUCAGGUCUUCUAAAGCCAGAGGAAAGCUAGAGUUAAUUCUCUCUCAGGUCUCCCAGAAAUCACUUUCAAGGCGACCAAAUCAAGGAGCAAGCUCUAGGGAUUCAAUCUCCUAUGCGCUCUUAGAUGCUGCAAAGCAAGAAUCAUUUCUAAAAGCAUUCAACAAGACAGAUUACAAGUCAUCAGAUAAAUUGUUGAUCGCCUACAAGCCUAGGAGAGGUAAAUACACUGUAUUUAAGGGUGAUAUGACAAUGGAGCAGGUUGAGAAUUUCAUCAGCUCAGUCCUCAGUGGAGAUAUACCCUUCAGGGAAACACAAAAUAAACCUCUACUCAAGUAGAAGAUUAAACAAUAAUGAUGGGUUUUGCAGCACUUUUGGUUAUGCCAACCCAUGUACAUAACUCACAGAAUAGGGUCUUUUGUAUUUUAUACCAGCAAAGAAUAUGUGGAGGUUUUAAAAGAAAAAAUGCUAAUUGAAUAUUGAUGCGUCAUGCAUGGGAUAAUGGGAUGCUGCAUCUUGCUCUCACCGUCACUGGCAAUUUUGCUUUGAGAACAGACUACAAUGAAUUUUGUUCUUUAGACAUGUGAUGUGCUUGGGGGAAUGAUGAGCAUGUAGAGUUGUAGUCAUGGGUGUCGCAUUAUCUAAAAAUGUCCUUGAGGCAACUGUAAAGAAUACUCAAAAAUAGAUCAUAAUGAGAGAUAUAUUCAGAAUCGAUUCUA